AAUGUCUAAAUAACCCAAAUAAGUAUGCAUUCAUUUCAUUCUUAGAGUCUUUAUGAAGCAUUUAGUAAACAACUUAAACCUUAGAUGAGUACAACCUUGUCAAACCUUAAACCAGUUGUAAAUGAGCGUCCAGCUACCGCUAAACCACUUCAAAAUUUAUCAAAUGCCCCUGUUCGAACUCAAGAAGAUUAGACUAAAAAAACAGUUGGCAGAUCUCCCUAAAGAACAACAUUUGAAAGACCUACUGCUGAAAAUAAACCAAUUGUAUCAGAAAUAGAUGAAAGACCAAUACCAAAAUUAUUAUAGAAAGGAAAGUCACCAUAACCAACCUAAUAAUUACAAAAUCCAAAUGAAAUGAUAAGAAUAUAAGAUUAACGAUAAUUUGAUGAUAGACCACUUCCAACCAACAAACCUUCCCUUGAUUCUUAGUUAUCAAUAAAUCAGAAUAAGCAAUUUCAAAAUGCAAAGUAAGCCAGUACUACACAGCCAACACAAUCUCAACAGUACUUUAAAGCUUAACCGAAUAUUUAAUAAACCGCUAAUCAAUAAUAAUAAAAUGUGGUUAAUAAUAAAUAAUAAACUCCUUCUUAAUAGUAACAAUAGACUCGAUUAUCCCUGUAAAAUACUUAAACCUAGAGGCAAUAAGUGUUAUAAAAUCAAUAAUAAUAAUAAUAACCCUAACCACAAUAAUCUUAAACAGCAAAAUCUUAAGCAUAAUUUAAAUAACCUUAAUUUGAAGAAUAGAAAUCUCAAUAAGAAUAGUUCUAAAGGUAAUAAAAAAAUCAAGAUCAAUAACAAUCAUAGUAAAGAUAAUACUAAUAAUAUUAAUAAUCUUAGUAAUAAUAAAGAACAAUGCCAUAAACUCCAUAAUAAGUUUAAUUCUAAAAUUCUUAAUAAUCAUCAUACUAAUAAUAUUAAGAGUAUUAGUAGCAACCAGUUUAAAACAAAUAACAAAAUAUCAAACAAACAAUGAAUAGUUAAUAAGAUAAUCGAGGAUAAUAGUAAUAACAAUAAUAAUAAUAAUAAUAAUAAUAAAGAUAAUAAUAAUAAUAUCCUUAAUACUAAUAGUAAUAACCAUAAUAAUAAUAUAUAUAGGAUUAACCAAUAAAACCAAAAUAAUAAUAAUAGCCAUAAUAUUAAUAACAAAUACAAUAACCAUAGCAAUAAAUUCAAUAACCAUAAUAAUAAAAAAGUUAAAUGCCUCCUAUGGAAUAAGCAGAAGAUGAAAGAUUGUUCGAAUGUCCUGAAGGUUGUGGAAGAUCUUUUAAUAAGAAAGCUUUGGAAAAGCAUGCAAAAGUAUAAAUUAUUAUAAACUUUAGAUUUGCUAAAAAGUAUUCUAAUAAAAGAGAAAAGUGUUUGAUUCUUAAUAAUAAAGAUAGUUAGAAGAAGAAGAAGAGGGAUAUAGACCUCCUCCUCCUCCAUAAAAGAAACAAUAAUAAUAAUAAUAAUAAUAAUAACAAUAAAAAUAGGGUUAAAAACAAAAAGAAUCUAAGAAUGAUAAACCUAAAUGGAAGGCCUAAAGUGAAGCUUUUAGAGCAAUCAUUAAAUAAGGAAAAGGAGAGUAGUUAACAAAGGAGGAAUAAGCAUCAUUAAAGAAUGCUAUGGAUGCUACUUAAGAUUUAGUUUAAUGUAAAUUCUGCAACAGAAAGUUCAAUUCAGAAACAGCCAAAAAGCAUAUAGCAUUUUGUGAGACUAAAGCCAAAUAGGCAAUAACUUAAAAGAAAAAGAAAUGAG